CUCACAUGUGCGCAUGCUCCGGCCGUUCCGGAGGUUUCCUGAGCCGGAGUUCCCACGUGCGGCCUGAACCUGCGGACAUAAUGCUAUGAGGAGAUGGGGGCCCUGGUGAUUCGCGGUAUCAAAAAUUUCAACCUAGAGAACCGAGCGGAAAGGGAAAUCAGCAAGAUGAAGCCCUCUCUCGCUCCCAGGCACCCCUCUACCAGCAACCUCCUGCAAGAGCAGAUUAGUCACUAUCCAGAAAUUAAGGGAGAGAUUGAUCGUAAAGAUGACAAGCUGCUGUCAUUUCUAAAAGAUGUGUAUGUUGAUUCCAAAGAUCCUAUGCCUUCCUUGCAGGUAAAAGCUGCUGAAACAUGUCAAGAGCCAAAGGAAUUCAGAUUGUCGAAAGACCAUCAGUUUGAUAUGAUAGAUAUGAAGAGCAUUCCCAAAGGCAAAAUUUCUGUUGUAGAAGCAUUGACACUUCUCAAUAAUCAUAAACUUUAUCCAGAAACCUGGACUGUUGAGAAAAUAGUGCAAGAAUACCAGUUAGAACAGAAAGAUGUGAAUUCUCUUCUUAAGUAUUUUGUUACUUUUGAAGUCAAAAUCUUCCCUCCUGAAGACAAGAAAGCAAUACAAUCAAAAUGAAGAAAAUCACAAAAAUUUGCUAUGUGUACUCCUCAUCCCUCAUCCUGUAUGUUUUCUUUUUUUGCAUAUUAAAUUAUGUUAAUUACGAAAUAUUUAAUGCUCUCAUCAUGAGGGCAUAUUCUUAAUAUUUAUUGAGCUCGCUGACUUUUCAAGAUUGCCAUAGAAUGUAUUUUGUUUUGUUUUAAUUUGGUUUAGGCAUAUUUCAUAUGUGCAUGUCAACAUAACUAAUCAGUACAUCUGUACCUUUAUUAUGGUGAAAGAGUUAAUUUGUUAUUUUAGGCACAUAUACCAACUUUUAAAUUGGUCAUAUUACCCCUUGGGAAAUGUCCUGAAUCCCUCAAUUGAGUUUUACUUUCCAAGUUAGGUGUUUAGUUCAUUCUUCAUAUGUGAUAGUGAAAGUAAAAGCUUUCCUGACCCUUAAGACUGACAUUUUCUUGUUAGGGAAAGAGACUCGAUAGCAAGGUAGACUAACGGUAUUUUCCAAAUAAAGGCACACAGGAGAAAACAAAUCAAUAGAAUCUAAUUAAAAUUACCACUACAGGGAAUAAGAAGUAUUGAGGAUUUACUUUAUUUUCAAUUGAUUUUAAGUAUGGAAUAAUUGUCUUUACAGCUAUAAAAAGUAAUUAGGGGUGUUUACAAAAUGUUGGGAAUUUCUGCUUUGACAAAUAGGUAAGUCCCAUGGCCUUCAGAGAGGCAGGCAGCAGUAGAAACUUUCGAAAAAGUAACAUUUCUCUGGAUUUAAUGUGGAAAUAGAGAAAAAUUUAAAGAAUAAUUAAAUCAAAAAACCAUGGUAAAUGAAAUUUGGUGAUUACAUAUAGUUUUGGAUGUUAAUGCUAGUUGAGAGAAGAGAAAAAAAAUAGCAAGUAGAAGCAGAUAACAGGAUCAUUGGAAGGGACCUUAGAAAUUGCUGCUUCAUCCAUUUUAGCAAACUUAUUAGCAUGGCAUGUACCAGUACUAGGAUCUUGAGUGAGAGUGUGUGAGUUUAGCUCUGCUUAAUAUAUUACUACUUGUGGGAUCUUUGGGAGACUAUAUCCUCUUUGAGAUUGAAUAUCUUCUAUAAAAUGAACAUAAUGCUACCUUAAAUGUAAGGGUUAUCAUGAAGAUAAAUAAUAAAGGACUACAAAGGACCAAGCAAA